AUGGACAAGUUCCGGAUGAUCUUUCAGUUCCUGCAGUCCAACCAGGAAUCCUUCAUGAACGGCAUCUGUGGUAUCAUGGCCCUGGCCAGCGCCCAGAUGUACUCAGCCUUUGACUUCAACUGCCCCUGCCUGCCUGGCUACAAUGUGGCCUACAGUGCAGGCAUCCUGCUGGCGCCCCCACUUGUGCUCUUCCUGCUGGGCUUGGUCAUGAACAACAACGUGUCCAUGCUGGCUGAGGAGUGGAAGAGGCCGCUGGGCCGCCGCGCCAAGGACCCUGCCGUGUUGCGCUACAUGUUCUGCUCCAUGGCACAGCGGGCACUCAUUGCACCUGUGGUCUGGGUGGCCGUCACACUGCUCGAUGGCAAGUGCUUCCUCUGUGCCUUCUGCACCGCUGUGCCCUUGACCGUGUUGGGCAAUGGCAGCAGCAUGGCUCCAAGCCUGUCCGCCUCUGAGCUUGCCCGCCUGCUAGCCCGGGUGCCCUGCCCUGAGAUCUAUGAUGGUGACUGGCUGCUGGCCCGCGAGGUGGUCGUGCGUUACCUGCGCUGUAUCUCCCAGGCCCUGGGCUGGUCCUUUGUGCUGCUGACCACACUGCUGGCAUUCCUGGUACGCUCUGUGCGGCCUUGCUUCACCCAAGCUGCCUUCCUCAAGAGUAAGUACUGGUCCCACUACAUUGACAUUGAACGCAAGCUCUUUGACGAGACGUGCACAGAGCAUGCCAAGGCCUUUGCCAAGGUCUGCAUCCAGCAAUUCUUCGAGGCCAUGAACCACGACCUGGAGCUGGGUCAUACGCAUGGGGUGCUGGCCACAGCCCCUGGUGCCUCUGCAGCCCCUGUAAACCCUGAUGGCUCUGAGGAGGAGAGGGAGAAGCUGCGAGGUAUCACGGAUCAGGGCACCAUGAACAGGUUGCUGGCUAGCUGGCACAAAUGCAAGCCACCUCUGCGGCUGGACCAUGAGGAGCCGCUGGUGGGCAAUGGCUGGGCAGGGAACAGGCCCAGGCCCCCACGCAGGGAGGUGGCCACCUACUUCAGCAAAGUGUGAGUUGCAAAGUCCUGCAGACCCCAAAGCAGGCCUGAUGCUGGGCCUGCAGCCCUAGAGCCAACCCAGGUCCACCUGUGCUCACCCACCAAAACAGGAGGUUUGGAGCUAGCAGCCUAUCCCCACUUCUCCAGGGUGCUGGUGGCCUUGGAACAGCAGGUCCCUGAGCAGUGUUAGUUGGAAAGCUGCAAACUGGUUUGGGGGUACAGGGAUAGAUGGCUACCACUCACCAGCCCUAACUCAGACAGCAGCAGAUCCAGCAGCCCCCUGCCCUGUAUCUCUGAAUCUGGGCUAGGAUGAGGAUGCAAGGGACAGAAACUCCUGUUGCAGAUUGCAGCUUUACCACAAGGCCACAAAGCUGGCCCCAGCACACAACUUUUAAGCUGUAUCUG